UCCUCCUCAGUCCUUAACUUUCUUCUUCUGCUGCUUCUCUACUGAGUCCUCCUUGUCUCUCUGUCAAAAGCAACUCUUCUCUCUCUCAAUUCCUUCAAGGGCUUCUAUGAUAUUCAAAGAUUGAAAGCUUUGGAGUCCAUCAAUGGCUUUAUUGCUUCUCAUUCUUUCAGCUUUGACCAUUUCUGCUGCUGUUUCUGGUCAAGAUGGUUUUAUCGGCGUUAACAUAGGAACAGACUUAUCUGACAUGCCAAGCCCAAGUGAGGUUGCAUCCCUUCUCAAGGCUCAGAAUAUCCGACAUGUCAGACUCUUCGACGCUGACCAAGCGAUGCUUCUUGCACUUGCACACACUGGAAUAAACGUAAUAGUCUCUGUUCCAAACGACCAAUUACUAGGAAUUGGACAAUCAAAUGCCACGGCCGCAAAUUGGGUCACCCGAAACAUUCUAGCACAUGUUCCUGCAACCAACAUAACAGCCAUAGCCGUUGGAUCGGAAGUCCUUAGCACACUCCCAAACGCGGCUCCAAUUCUAGUCUCUGCGAUGAAAUUCAUCUACUCAGCUCUCAUUGCUUCCAAUCUUGAUUCCCAAAUCAAAGUCUCAACUCCCUUCGCUUCCUCGAUAAUCCUAGAUUCUUUCCCGCCUUCACAAGCAUUCUUUAACCGAACAUGGGACCCGGUUAUGAUCCCUUUACUUAAGUUUUUGCAAUCGAGUGGAUCGUCCAUCAUGUUAAACGUGUACCCGUAUUACGAUUACAUGCAAUCAAACGGAGUCAUUCCGUUAGACUACGCUCUUUUUCGCCCCCUCCCUCCAAACAAGGAAGCAGUCGAUUCAAACACGCUUCUACACUACACGAAUGUUUUCGACGCAGUCGUCGACGCUGCUUACUUUGCAAUGUCGUAUCUCAACUUCACGAACAUACCGAUUAUUGUAACUGAAUCGGGAUGGCCUUCGAAAGGCGACUCUAGCGAGCCCGACGCAACUUUAGACAACGCCAACACGUACAAUAGUAAUUUAAUCAAACACGUAUAUAACAAUUCAGGGACACCUAAACACCCGGGGGUUUCAAUUAGUACUUAUAUAUACGAGCUAUAUAACGAGGAUUUAAGGCCGGGCUUAGUUUCCGAGAAGAAUUGGGGGCUUUUCGAUUCGAAUGGGGUGCCUGUUUAUGUUCUACAUGUGACGGGUUCUGGGUCGGUUUUUGCGAAUGAUACUACGAAUCAGACUUAUUGUGUAGCGAAGGAUGGGGCGGAUUCGAAGUUGUUGCAAGCCGCAUUGGAUUGGGCUUGUGGAGCUGGGAAAGUUGAUUGUUCUCCUUUGUUGGUGGGUGAGCCUUGUUAUGAACCGGAUAAUGUUGUUGCUCAUUCGACUUAUGCUUUUGAUUCGUAUUAUCAACGGAUGAAUAAGGGUGAAGGAACUUGUAACUUCAAUGGGGUUGCUACAAUCACUACUACAAGCCCAAGCCAUGGCUCUUGUAUGUUUCCAGGAAGCGGUGGGGGGACAACAAACAAUACUACGAGAAACAGUACAUCACUUGCUCCUUCCUCGAACUCAACUUCAGCUGCUGGUCGAGUUUUGGAAGGUGGUAACGAUCUUGGUCAUGGUAGAUGGUUAGUUAUUGGGAUGUUGAUGUUUAUGACGAGUUUUGUCGUGUUCUUGUAAAACAUGUUGGGGAAACGACUCGUUUUGGGUUAUCUCCAAAAUCCCAAUUUUGUUUGCUCUCCGAGAGGUUUGUCGAAUGACCAUUCAGGAUGGUGUUGUUUAUUUUUCUUCUUUUUGUGUAUGAUGAUGAUGAUCUCUUUGUGGAGAAACCCAAUUCAAGCCAAGACAAGACAAGCCAACCUGUUUGAUGUAAUUAUUGACUCCAUUGAAUCUGAUAUUCUUUGAAACUAGGGAUUAUUAAUUUAUUUAAUGAGUUGUAUUGCAAAUUGUUGUUUAGUAUUAUUCUCAUCAAAUGAUGAAUGGAUGGAAGGAAUUAAUUAUUAUUAUUAU